CUCUCUACCAUCUGAGUUUCUCAGACUCGCGCUCUCCCUCCAUGGUCUCUCUCUCUCCAGAAAACCCUAGUUAAUUGUAAUUCAAGAAAUUCGAACAGGAUCAAUGGAGAAGAAACUAUCCUCGAGAAGAGAGCUGUUGGACCGCUGGAAAGCCAUUGAGGAGGAAGCGGACGAAGACGACGAUCGCAUUGACCCCUCCAAACGGCACCGUCUCCACCACAACAAAGAACAAUGGUUUGCAGAUGCAUUCAGUUUUUUGAUCUGUUUGCCAAAAGAAAAUCAUAUUUGGUGUGGGUCGUGGGACUUAAUGGGGCCUCUUUUGGAGACAUUUUAUAACUACUUCAAAGAUGACAAUGCUGAUUCUCCUCUUAGACAACUAUGGAGGAGAAUCUCUGAGGAAAUGCGGCAGUGCAUCCAGUGCAUUUCCCAGCACUAUCAAGCCCAAGACAUGUAUAGCAUGGAGUAUGAGACCAGUUCUAUUGGUCCCCUCUUGGAUGUUUUGCGAAGUCUCGAUGAGGAAAGAGUGACGCAGCACUUGAUAGAGAUAAAUACUAAAUUAGCCCGAAAAGAAUAUGAUGCUGCCCGUGAUAAUGCAGAAGUCAUUAGUGUCAUGUAUGAGGUUCUAAUGUUCCCUGUAUUAUUGGAUGAUGAGUCCUUAUUCACUGAGUUUGAAAGAUUCAUUGAAGCAGUUGACAGCAUGCAUGAACUGGCUCUGGCUGGACAGCAACAGUUUCCGGGUGUUUAUGCAUUAUUUUUCUUCAAGAGAAGAGUGCGCUCUGUUGGUCAUCGUCUAGCUGGUUCUAUGGGAAAACUGAGGAGAGCAACAGAUUUGGAACCCUUGCAGCCUAUACUUAAGAAAUUCAUCGGCUUCUUGGAGACAGAAGUGUUACCGUCAACUUUGAAAACUUCAAGGCCCAGAGUGCAGUUGGAACGUAUAUCCAUAUGGGUUGGAAUAAAAUCUCUGCUUGGGUUUUUGGAACCUCCAGCUUUUGAAGAAGGGAUAUUAGAGCGCUAUCCUAUUUUUCUUGAUAUUGUACUCAACCAUAUUAGUGGGGAUUCAUCGGAAUUCUCUCAUGCAGUUUCUUGCUUGAGAAUACUCUUUGAAAUGCUUGGUUGUAAGCUUUGGUUGAGAUCAACACUGUCUCCAAGUGUGAUGCGGAAUACUCUGAUAGGGCAGUGUUUUCAUACUCGAAGCGAGAAAAGCCAUAAGGAUAUUUUCGAUCUUCUUCAGCCUUUUCUGCAGUCUCUUGAAGCUUUGCAAGAUGGGGAACAUGAAAAACAGCGCAGGCAUUUUCUUUAUUUUCUCCUCAUUCAGGUGCCUGCGAGCAGUAACUUCAGUGGCUUAACGAGGCAAAAGGCUUGUCAGAUAGCACUCCUUAUUAUACAUCGAGGCUACACAAUGAACCCGCCUUGUCCUCCUUCUGAAUGCGCACAUAUGUGGGGCCCUUCUCUUGUGUCAUCUUUAAAGGAUUCUUCACUUCACAAUUCUCUAAGGCAACCUGCCUUUGAUCUGAUACAAACUAUCAUGGUGUCUGAUGCUGCUGUGUUAGUAAGCACAGUGCUAAAUGCCCACCUAAACCUUUGUUCUGAAAGAAGCAUGUCGUAUGAGUUGAAUGAUGAAGAUGAUGAGGGGCUUCCAUUUGCUGAGAAUACAGAAGAGCAGGAUAAUAGCUCAUGGAGUGAAUUUAGCAUACAAAGUAAAAUUGCAUCCCGGGAAUUUAGAGAGUGGAUGUGCAUUCCAAUGUUAUGGAUUGAUGUCCUUGCUGACAUCAAUCCAUCAGUUCUUCCUAUAUCAUUUUCCAAGGCUGUUUUGUGGGCACGAUCUCGUUUUCCUAUGGUAGAACCAGUGACUGGUGGAGAAACGGCCCUUCCAGUCAGAACCUGGCUUUCAUCCUAUUCUGCAGAAAUAUCUUCAACCUUUGGGUGGAAGCUUCCUACUGGUUCUGACGAUGGUGGAGAUGUGGUGUCAAAGAAUGCAAUAAAAGCCUCAACAAUGCCUCUUCCUCUAAUACGAACAUUCAAUAGGUUAACAACACAUUUUCUGGUUCAUGUGGGGCAGGGGGAACUUCGUAAGCAGUGGACGUGGGAGCCAAGGAUGGGUGAAAGCUUGUUCCUCUCACUUAUAGAUCCCAAUGAUGAUGUAAGGAAAUUUGGCAAGUCAAUCCUGGAACAGGUUUCCAAUACACAGGGUCUUGCUUGUAGUUUGACAUUCCUAUGUUCUUAUAGGUCUUCAUUGUCUGCUGUCUUUUUAGGCUUGAGACAUGCUGUGAAACUGGUCCAACUGGAUAUUGUUUUAUUAAAGUUUCAGACUCUGCAUCAUUUUUUCUUUGUUCUGCGGAGACUACUUAUUGAUGGAGAUUCACGUGCUGCGGAUAUUCCAGAAUCUGACCACUUAAAUAUGGCAAAAUUCUCUUCCCAAGGUGGAUUUCUCAGGCAGCCAGUCUUUGAUUCAUCCCCUGCCAACGUCAAUGGGCAUUCACCAAAUCUUGACUCAAAUUUACUGAAAAGAUUUUAUUACUUGAUAUCGGAAACUGCAUGGCCUUCCAUCUGCAGGUGCUUAUUGGAAGGAAAAGCAUUUAUUGAUAACAGUAUUAAUCAGAUGACUUGUGUACGCAUACUUGAGAUCCUCCCAUGUGUAUUUGAAAGAAUAUACUCUGGCAUACGGGAAAACACAUGUGACUUCUCAUGGCUACAUGAUUUUAUGGAUUGGGGAAAGUCAUCACUUAAAACUGUGGUUGUAUACUGGCAACGAACAAUCACCUCCUUGUUGAAGCUGCUGAAAGGGUCAUAUAACAGUGCUAUUGCAUUGACAAUCAGCACCAUUGAAAAUCUCAUUGCAUGUGAUUGCGUUUCCAUGGAUGAAUUGAUGGAACAAGUGUCACGCCUUUCUGUUUCUCUAUCUAAGGAAGCCUCUUCUAGUAUUGGAAAGACCGACCUCUGUUCAAAUGCCUUGUUUCCUGAAGGCUUAUCUUUUGAGAAGUAUUCAGCUCCUUAUGUGCAACCCUUGUCCAUCAAGGAUCCAGAUGUCCAAAUCUUGCACUCACCAUUGGUGGAUAGUAGAAGGCAUAGAGAUGACAUGAUUGUCCUUUCUGAUGAGGAAACUGAAGCUGUUUCACCCGAUGAAGUAAUUUUGUCUGAUACUAAGGUGAGUCGGUGUAUGGUGGAUGACAAAACAAUUGCUCCUAAUGAUGACAAAAGCACUUCAUAUACCGAAUCUGUGAAGAAGAAGGUUUCUGGUGUUUACACAUCCAAGUUUUAUGUGAAGGCCUUCGAGAAAAGAGAUGCUACAGAUAGUGCUGACUUGGCUGUUCAGAAAUGGGAGAUUGAUAGAUCUAUAGGAAAACGGCCACCUGUUUCCUCCCUGAAAUCAAAAGAUGAAGAUAAUAGCAGGAAAGCAAUAACAUCUGAUAGCAAUAUAGCUGAUUCUGAAAAAUUGCAGGAUAGAACUAGUACUAGAAACUCAUAUGAUAGUACGGUUAGUUCCAAAAAGUUGAAUCAAGCUCCCAACGCUUCAUUGAAAGAGAUAGUAAGUGAUGCCAAAGACAAUUCCUUGGAGUCUUCUCUCAAUUCGGUCAGGCAUCAGCAGUCACUUUUGGAAAAAAUUAGCAUUGCUGCUCCUAAACGACAACUCAUUCAGCUUAAAUCACCUUUGCAGAACAGGCCUGGCCAUUUACAAAGGCUGGAAGCUCGAGUGAAAAGGUUCAAGCCACCAAAGCUUGAUGAAUGGUAUAGACCUAUUUUAGAAUUAGAUUACUUUUCACUGGUGGGGGUAGCAUCUGGAAGUGAAAAUGAUAACCAAAAAGUUGCAAAAUUAAAGGAGGUUCCUGUGCAGUUCCAAUCACCUGAACAGUAUGUUGAAAUUUUUUGUCCAUUGGUUUUGGAGGAGUUUAAAGCACAGUUACAUAGUUCUUUUAUAGAAAUGUCUUCAUGGGAAGAGAUGUAUUUUGGAACUUUAUCAGUGCUUUCAGUUGAAAGAAUUGAUGAUUUUCAUCAUGUUCGCUUUGCUCACGAUGACAAUGAUUCUACAAUGUCAAGCAACUUUUCAGAAAAUGACCUUGUAUUACUAACAAAAGAGCCCCCUCAAAAAUCUUCUCAUGAUGUUCAUGUGCUUGGGAAGGUGGAGAGGCGUGAGUGGGACAAUAAAAGAAGGUUAAGCAUACUACUCAUCAGGUUUUAUCUGUUGAAUGGUACGUCACGUUUACAUCAAGCCAGAAGGAACCUCCUUGAACGCAGUAAAUGGCAUGCAAGUCGUAUUAUGAACAUUACACCUCAACUUCGGGAAUUUCAGGCAUUAUCAUCACUAAAGGAUAUCCCUUUACUUCCAGUUAUUUUGAAGCCUGCGAAUGAUUCUUAUGAUUCUAGUGAAAGCAAGGAAGUAGAUCUGAGCAAACUGUCCCAACCCUUGCAGCGUAUACUGAAGUCAUCCUUUAAUGACAGUCAACUUGAAGCUAUUAGUGUUGCCACUGGAACACCUAGGCGGAAGAAAGAUUUUGAAUUAUCCCUUAUUCAGGGUCCUCCAGGUACUGGUAAGACGAGAACAAUUGUGGCCAUUGUCAGCGCUUUGCUUGCUUCCCCUACCCAUAAGACAGAUCCUGACGAAAAAAUUUAUGAUCGCAGUUCGAAGCAAAUUUCAGUUCCCAAGAUUAACCAGGCUGCUGCUGUUGCAAGGGCAUGGCAGGAUGCAGCCUUGGCCAGACAAAUAAAAGAGGAUGCCCAAAGGAAUAUGAACGCUGUAGAUGGUUGCUUGAGAGGAAGGGUGCUCAUCUGUGCCCAGUCUAAUGCUGCUGUUGAUGAAUUAGUGUCAAGGAUUUCUAGCCAAGGGCUGUAUGGAAGUGAUGGAAAGAUGUAUAAGCCAUAUCUUGUGCGGGUUGGGAAUGCAAAAACAGUUCAUCCAAAUUCGCUACCAUUCUUCAUUGAUACACUUGUUGAUCAACGGUUGGUGGAUGAGAAAAUGAAAUUGACAGACACAAAGAAUGAUUUGAGUGUCGAUUCUUCAACUACACUGCGCUCUAAUCUUGAAAAGUUAGUCGAUCGUAUUAGAUUCUAUGAAGCCAAACGUGCUAACUUAAAUGAUCGGGAUCCUGACCUUAAAAAGUCUUCUGUAGAUGAUAAUUAUAAGGGGGAUGAUGGGAAGGACAUGUCUGAUGCAGAAUUAUCUUUCAAGUUAAGAAAACUUUAUGAGCAAAAGAAGCAAAUUUAUAAGGAUCUUAGUAUUGUUCAGCAGCGGGAGAAGAAAACUAAUGAAGAAAUCAGAGGACUUAAAUAUAAACUGCGGAAGUCUAUACUAAGAGAAGCUGCAAUAGUGGUAACUACAUUAAGUGGCUGCGGGGGAGAUCUUUAUGGAGUGUGUUCUGAAUCUAUGUCAAGUCAAAAGUUUGGCAGUCCACCUGAACAUACUCUUUUUGAUGCCGUUGUUAUUGAUGAAGCUGCUCAAGCUCUGGAACCUGCUACUCUGAUUCCUCUUCAGCUUUUAAAGUCUAGGGGCACCCAAUGUAUCAUGGUUGGCGAUCCAAAGCAGCUUCCUGCAACUGUUCUUUCAAAUGUUGCCAGUAAAUUUCUUUAUGAGUGUAGCAUGUUUGAACGUUUACAAAGGGCUGGACACCGUGUUAUCAUGCUGACCAAACAGUAUAGGAUGCACCCAGAAAUAUGUCUGUUUCCUUCUUUGCAUUUUUAUGAGAAGAAGUUGCUGAAUGGCGAUCAUAUGUCUAGCAAAUCAGCAUCAUUUCACGAGACUGAAGGUCUUGGACCUUAUGUAUUUUACGAUGUUAUUGAUGGCCGGGAGCAUCGUGGUAAGAAUGCUAGUGGGCUGUCCCUUUAUAAUGAACAUGAAGCUGAUGCUGCAGUUGAAUUACUCAAGUUUUUCAAAAAGAGGUACCCUUCUGAAUUUGUUGGUGGAAGAAUUGGCAUCAUAACUCCAUAUAAGAGUCAGCUCUCGCUGUUGCGUUCUCGUUUUUCUAGUGCCUUUGGAUCUUCGACCAUGGAUGAUAUGGAACUUAAUACUGUUGAUGGCUUCCAAGGUCGGGAGGUUGAUAUACUGAUACUUUCUACCGUUAGAGCGGCAGAGCCAAGCUCUGCUGCACCUGGAAGCAACUCUAGCAGUAUCGGAUUUGUUGCUGAUGUAAGACGGAUGAAUGUUGCUUUAACCAGAGCCAAGUUCUCACUUUGGAUUUUGGGUAAUGCAAGGACUUUGCAGACAAACCAAAACUGGGCUGCUCUUGUGAAAGACGCUCAAAAGAGAAAUUUGGUUAAAACAGCUAAAAGGCCAUACAAGGACAUGUUCAAAACAGCUUCCGAGCAAAAUUCUGGUAAUCGUUCAUUGGAGCCACAACAUGUCCAAAAGGUUAAAGAUGCAAGUCAGCAUGCAAGGAAAUAUGUCCGAAGUGCAAAGGAAGCGCAUGAAAGAAAAACAAAACACAUCGAUCAUGUUCAGAGUAAAAGAAGACUUGGUGCUAGUGAACCAGAUGUUUCAGCAACUAAAGAUGAUACCAGAAUUAAAAUUGUGCAUGCCAGAGAUGAAUAUGAUUUACCACUGAAGGACGGCUUUUAUACCGUCACUCCAGAUGGCCAGGGUAAAAAUUCCAAGGAUGUCAAGUUCACAGAGUCGGAGGAACGUGUUACAGAUAGUGAAAGUAUAGAUAAAGAUAGCAAAAAAAGGAACAUUAAUUUGAACAAUACUCAAACUGGUAAGAGGAAAAACAAAUUUGAAAAUUCAAAAAGGGAUGCAGAUAACUCUGAACAAAGAACAGAUGAUGGUAGACCUAUGAAAUUGCGAGAGUCAAAAAGGGCUAAGAGAUCUUUUGAUGGUGACAGAAGCCAGAAAAAGCAAGUUUUACCUCCCUCAGAUCAAGCAAAGGAUGCAAGUGAUGGAGGUAGAGCUUCAAAUCAAGUUGCAACUUCUCAAGAUUUAAUUGCAAAAAGGAAAAAACAGCGGGAAGCUGUUGAUGCUAUACUUUGCUCAUCUCUGAUUCCUUCAAAGAAGUCUGAAAAAUCAAUGAAACCCGUGCCUGCUAAAAGACCUCAAUCGUUUUCCUCAACUGCAAGUGGUGGCAUAAAACCACCCAAGUCAAGGAAAGAUUGACUGGCCUGUUUUGGUGUUUUGUCAGUUUUGGCCAGAAUUCUCAAUCCGUGAACUUUGUCGCGCAACCCAGAAUAUACAACUGACUGCUUGCUUACAACGAGCCUAAGUUUUCCAUUCAUUUAUUUGAGAUUUGAAGAACGUCGUAAGUUUUUGCAGACUGCUAUAGAGAAUGUACAGCUGACUGCUGGCUUACAAUGUGCAGUAUUUGGUUGCAUCCCUCUGCAGUCACAACGAGCAGGACAGGAGGUCCGAUUUGAAGGUGUUUCAUCUGAAAAUUUCUGGUACGGGAUUUUGUAUGCCAUUGUAAAAUAGUCUUUUGAUAGGUGUGCCGCAAUUGGUUUAGCUCGUAUCCUUUCUAUGGUUUUUGGAAGGUCAUGUGUAUAUAUCAGUCAGUGUAAGUACUAGUAAUUGUGCUCUUCUUUAAUUCAGAAUUUUUCGUCCUAUAAACCUCUUAUCGACCAAAGCAAUUUCAUCCGGGUAGAUUGUUUUAGUUUAUUAAAAGUAUCAGUUGUAUUGCCAUGGUUGUGUAAAGAAAUGAAUAUACUUGGUUUUUUUGUAUGUAUGGAGCCAUUGUUAUACGACGAUGAAUUACAAUUUGA